AUUCUCUUUCUCUUUUCCAAAAACUUUACCCUAAACCCUAGUACUUCCCUACAAUGGCUUCCACAGAAGAACAAACCCAAAAUGGCUCUGUGCAAGAACAAGAAACCCUUAUUACAACAACCUUGGAAACAAACCAAGAACCUCAAAAUCCUCAAAUAAUACAAGAAGAAACACUAAAGGAUGAACCAGCUACUACUACUACUACAGAGGUUGUUUCAGUAGAGAAACCAAAGUGGCCUGGUUGGCCUGGUAGUUGUGUUUUUAGGUUGGUUGUACCUGUGCUUAAAGUUGGUAGUAUUAUUGGGAGAAAAGGUGAGCUUGUUAAGAAGAUGUGUGAAGAAACUGGGGCGAAGAUUCGCGUUCUUGAUGGGCCUGUUUCUUCGCCUGAUCGCAUUGUUCUAAUAUCGGGGAAAGAAGAACCCGAGGCAGCAUUAUCCCCUGCGAUGGAUGCUGUAAUAAGAAUAUUCAGACGUGUCAGUGGACUGUCCGAAGGUGAAGGUGAUGGCGACCUACCUGGAGCUGCUGGGGCUGCAUUCUGCUCCAUCAGACUACUUGUAGCAUCAACACAAGCUGUGAACUUAAUAGGAAAGCAAGGGUCUUUAAUCAAGCCUAUCCAGCAAAACACUGGUGCCUCCAUUCGAGUUCUUUCCAAUGAUGAGAUGUCAAUCUAUGCGACUCCGGAUGAGAAAAUUGUGGAAAUUCAAGGUGAAGCUCUUAAGGUUCUUAAAGCUUUGGAAUCAGUGAUUGGGCACCUUAGAAAGUUCUUGGUGGAUCAUAGCGUUCUUCCUUUGUUUGAAAAGAGCUACAAUGCACCUGCCGUUCAGGAGCGCGAAGCUGAGCCUUGGUCCGAGAGGACGAUGCUUAGCACCUCACGAGCGGGACUUGGUGAUUAUCCUCCUCGACAAGGACUUGGUGAUUAUCCUCCUCGACAAGGACUUGGUGACUAUCCUCCUCGACAAGGACUUGGUGAUUAUCCACCCCGACAAGGACUUGGUGAUUAUCCACCUCCAACAAAGAGGGAUUCUCAAUUUUCUGAACGCGAAAGCCAGUUGGACUCACACUAUCAUCCUGCUGGACUUUCACUGUAUGGGAAAGACCCUGCACUUUCAUUGUAUGGACAAGAUCCUGCACUUUCUGGAACUCGCACUUCAGGUGUUGGUCGUGCUGGGAAUUCUGUUAUUACUCAGAUUUCCCAAACCGUUCAAAUGCAAAUACCACUAGCUUUUGCAGAAGAUAUCAUUGGCAUUGGGGGAGCUAAUAUUGCUUAUAUACGACGUACUAGUGGUGCCAUUCUUACAGUUCAAGAAAGUAGGGGCUUAGCUGAUGAAAUCACGGUGGAAAUAAAAGGGUCGUCAUCACAGGUUCAGACAGCCCAGCAACUUAUGCAGGAAUUUAUGGGUAGCCACAAAGAAUCACUUCCGAGCAGUUAUGGCCAGUUAGAUACAGGCUCAAGGCAGUCUUCUUACUCUAACCUAGGCAGUGGGUCCUACCCCUCAUCUUCAUACGGCGGACAGCAAUAUGGCGGUGGCUAUGGAUCAUCAUUCGGUGCAGGAGGAGGGUACAAUAGCUACAGGUCAUGAACGGAAUAGGCUGAGUCUUAGCACUUGUACUUCCCGUCCUGUUUGGUGCCAGAGCAAACACUGAAGCAACUGCAUGUGGUUCAUGAUGCUUUGUUAAUCUGAUGUCGAUUACAGCAAUGUAUUGAUAGCUUUUCAGUAGCUUACCAUAGCUUGUAGUCUUACAUGUGUGUCGAUAUGAUACCAUUGAAUUUUGCUAGUGUAAUAUGGUCAAGUACUGUAUGGUUCUCUCAAAGUAUUAUCUUUAGUUUAUUUAAUUUUUUUAAACCUUUGUUUUGUAAAUGAUAUUGCAACUUGCCACUUCACAAAAAAUGAUCAGUUGACAUUGCCUCG